AUGAUGGAGUUGUGCCGCUCCGGCGCUCUACUGCGCCUCCGAUCCCAUUUUGGUGCCGUGCGACGCAACUUCCCGAUGGGUUCGGCCGCCACCGACGCUGCCGCCCUUGUGAGCACUGCGAUAACGCCGCUUACGUGCAGCCGCCGCGCUUUCCGCGAGCAGGGCGCAGCCAACCCAAACAACCCCGACGCGACCGAGGCGGCGGAGCUCGAGAAAGACUGGCAGGCGUUGAAGAAGUACGGCAUGAUCGGAGGGUUUGCUCUUCUCUGCAUCGCGACGCUGUGGUACGGAAGCCGCCAAGCCAAGCAGCGCUACUUCGGCGCGGAGGGCAGCGCGCGGGUCAGCGUCGAGACGCGCGGCCGCCCUGCGCUCGGUGGGCCGUUUGUGCUGGUGAACACGAAGGGUGAACCAGUUUCGCAGGCGGAAUUCCUCGGCUCGUGGGCCUUCUUCUACUUCGGCUUCACGCACUGCCCGGAGAUCUGCCCAGUCGAGCUGAACCGCAUGUCGCACGUCGUCGACGCUGUCCGCGCCGGCCGCCCGCAGGAGCGCAUUGCACCGCUGUUUGUCUCGUGCGACCCGCGCCGUGACUCGCUCGAGGCCAUUGACGAGUACCUCUCCGUGUUCCACCCCGACUUCAUUGGGCUCGUUGGCACGCCGAAGCAGGUGAACGACGCGUGCCGCUCGUACCGCAUCUACUACUCCAUCCCCGCCGAGGAGGACGCCGAGCAGGAGGACUACCUGAUCGAUCACAGCAUUGCCAUCUUCCUCUUCGACCCACAGGGCCGUUUCGUCGACUUCUUCGGAAACCGCUACGACGAGCGUGAGAUUACGGAGAAGGUGCUGCACUACAUGUCCGAGUACGCCAAGGAUCCGACAUGGACUAACUGGUAG